CACGUCGAGGCUGGGCUACUACGGUCUACGAUAGGUGCAUACAUACCUACGGAAGGCUUUUUUAUCUUUCGCGGCCGGAAAGACGGGGUUUCCUUGUGCUCGUUCUUUUUCUCUUCUUCCUCCCCGCGCCCCUUGCUGCUUAGGCCCCGCAUUAGCAGUUUGCGGAUUUGCCGGAUUGAUCGAAGGUUUGCCUUUUUCAUCCCGUCGUUCAUGGUCCCGCCGGCCCGGUUGGAGGCUUCGCUCUCGGGGACUUGGUGCGCGUCUGUUUCUUUGGCGCGUUGGGCGAAUUUACUAAGAUUCUCGGUCUUGUCUAGUUCUGGUUCUGCGCAUGGCUCUGGAAAUUCAUGCAGUUCUGUGGGUGUUUCUGGUUGUGGUGUUUUCAUAGCUCUGGUCAGCUUUGAUUUACAUGCGGGUUAUUCUCUACUUAGAGAUCUAGUUAAGUUACGGUAUGGGUUUAGGUAAGUUAAGG